CCAAGCAGUUUACAGAUAAAUAGGUGACGGGACCUGGCUUCUGCUCUGGAGGAAAGCUCACCCCUCCCCGCUCCUCGCACAGCCGCAGUCGGUGGCAAUGCUCGGGCAGACGGCGAAGAGCCGCUAUCGCUGCUGGCUGUAACGCUCCUCCGGUCCGGCAUCAGACCCCUCCAUCCGUCCGCGCGGCGCUGCACCUGCGAGCAGAGCUGCCAUUGAGUACCAUGGCAAGACAAGAAGCACGCAAAAACAUUUAAACAGGCGCCUCUCCUCCAAAAGACAAGACGGGAGGCAGAAUGAGUGAAGAGGUGCCAGUUUCUCCCAGCUGGCUGGCUCAAGAGCCCACCUGGGUCAGCAGCGGCGCAGGAAGCAUAGAAAACAUCACCGUCGGAACAUACCCACCUGCGGUUGUCUUGCCGGCGAGGCCGCCCGCUGAGUUGCUGGUAAACCCAUGGGACAUCGUGCUGUGUUCAUCCGGCACCCUUAUAGCCUGCGAGAAUGCCCUGGUGGUUUUGGUCAUCUGGCAGAACCCAGCACUGCGUGCCCCAAUGUUUCUGCUGAUCGGCAGCCUAGCUCUAGCCGACUUAUUGGCUGGUUUAGGGUUAGUCCUGCACUUUACCUUCGCUUACCUGCUAAGAUCUGACUCGGCACAGCUGCUGACUGUAGGUCUGGUGGUGGCAUCCUUCUCAGCAUCUGUAUUUAGCCUGUUAGCUAUUACCAUCGACCGCUACCUGUCGCUAUACUACGCCCUCACCUACAACUCCGAGCGAACGGCCGCGUUCACAUACACCAUGCUGGUGCUUCUAUGGGGAGUUUCAUUGUGUUUGGGUUUGCUGCCGGUUACCGGUGUGAACUGCUUGGGCCAUGAGGAGAACUGCAGUGUGGUUUGGCCCCUAACAAGAAACAACGUAGCCGUUCUGUCCAUCUCCUUCCUUCUACUGUUCGGCCUCAUGCUUCAGCUCUACGUGCAGAUUUGUAAAAUCGUCAUGCGUCACGCGCACCAAAUCGCCCUGCAGCACCACUUUUUAGCUGCAAGUCCUCACUACGUCACGACGCGGAAAGGCGUAUCCACCCUGGCGAUCAUUCUGGGCACAUUCGCAGCUUGCUGGAUGCCAUUUACGGUUUAUUCGCUCAUAGCCGAUUAUACGUACCCGCCCCUUUACACAUAUGCCACCCUGGUUCCCGCCACCUACAACUCGGUGAUCAACCCAGUAAUUUACGCCUUCCGCAAUCAAGAGAUUCAGAAAGCGUUGUGGCUGGUGUGCUGCGGAUGUAUCCCUGCCAGCGUGGCCCAGCGUGCACGGACCCCCAGUGAUGUCUGAUGUGCCUAGGGAAUUACACAGGCCAGAGAUUCCCCCAAUACCCCCGGGACGAAAAGGGGUGUGUGUCACCCAUUUAUGUCUUCCCCUAAUUGUUAUGUGACAACCACUGCCACAAAAUCGUUGCCUGAUCCCAAUCCGACCAGCUGCCACAUCCUUUCCAAGAAAAAAAGGGGAAGAAAUGGAUGCUGUGUGGCAGUCAGCUGUAAAUAUCUUGUGUGUUUGUGUGUGUGUGUGUGUGUAUGUGUGUAUAUAUAUAUAUAUACACAUAUGCUUUUCCAUUUUUGUGGUUGUUUUGGCUUGGCCACAAAGACAGCCCCUGUUGCACAGGCUGUGAGGGAGAAGGAAUAUGAGGGGCAGCACGAGGCAGUCCUCUUGACUGCAUCCUGAAGUUCAUUCAUCUCGUCCUGCUGUUGCUGCAUUCAAGAACGUGCGCUGAACGUUAAGUAACCGCGGUGUGCUAAAAAUAGACCAGGGGCUCGGUGAUCCGCGCCUUGCAUCCUCUGAAUAUACCGACCCGGAGAACGCACGCACGCGAGAGAGAGGGAGACAGGCACGCUGUCUCUUCUGUUUGAUUUAAACCCCAACCCAAGCGUGGCCGAAUGUAAAAUGUCCUCCAAAGCAGAAAACCAUGAAGAGCUAACUACAAUCUCAGAAUGAGAACCACUCUAUAAAUAACCGAAUCCAUCGAUGCCUUUAUUUCGGUUUAGAAUGGAAGUCGAACUGUCUCUGCAUUAUCUUCCAUAAAUGAAAGUGACUGGGAGAAAGUGUAUGUGUGUUCAUCUAAACAGCCCCCUAUGAGUAGAGGCUCACUUCAAAGAACUGUUGAGUACAAAACGUGCAUUAAGUGGCUGAGAAUAAGAGGUUUGUUUAUAUGCAGCGACAUGGAGGAUGGAACCGAAUGUAUUUUCUAUUGAUUUGCUUUUAAUUUGCAUUCUCAUUGUCGCUCUGAAUAGAGCACUGCUCCAUUUAUUAUGUUCAACUGGUAAUUAUUACUGGAUAUGGGAUAGCUGUCACAAUGGUAGUUUAUAGCAGUUUGCUUGAAUUUUAAGUGUAUUGCAUUUGCAAAGAAUGAUGAUUUGGGCAUGGCAUUAUAGAUAUAUUAAUUAGAGGUAUUUUGUUUGAAACAAUGCGUGUAAAGCUUUUCACCCCACAAUCAAAAGAAAAUAAUUAUUGUACUUUGACAUUAUUUUCACAAACACAAUUCAUAUGAUUUAUAUAACCCCCUCCCCAAACAAAACAAAUCAAGCUUGAAAAAUUUGUAACAACUCAGAACACUUUUUCAGCCAUUUUAUACAUGGCUAAUGGAUGACGCAUAUAUGUCAAAGAUAUCUGAAAUAUAAUGUUAUAUAAUACAUUUAUAAUCAAAUUAUAUAAUUAGUUAUAAUUAUGUAAUUUUAUAAUGUUAGUUUUCUUGUAAUUAAUAGAUGCUUAGGUUAGGGUGUAAAAAUUGACUUAUCUAUUAUGGAAGGCCAACAUUAAAUAAUAUUCCCAAAAUAAUUUGCUUCAUUGUAAAAAAUAUUUUGAUUUUGGGGUGAAAUAUGACCGGGCAAGAUUUCAUGAGAUUAACCCCUGAUAAAUGAUAUUCUAAAAUGAUGAAACUGUUCAAAGAUGUGCCAGCCAAGCAACACUUCCACUCUUAGAUGAGCCUUCCGUAGAUUUACAUUCAAUUUGAUUGUUAGUAAACUGGUGAAUCUCCUCAAACGGUCCUCACAACACGAUUAUAAUGAGGUAAACAGCUGGCCUCUUAAACCUAGCAAAUGUCAGAUGAGGGAGAAUGUUAUUAUGAAAUCAAUCUUCUCGUACUUCCAUCGCAUCUGAGGCUGGAGUCAUGCUACUAUUAUGAGCUGAAGUUCACCCCUGCUUUUUACCUUAUGCCCUCCAAAUGCCAACCAGCCACUAUCCAUUUCAGUGCUGUGGCAGAAUCCAUCAGCGAGCAAUAACUAAGGACCAAGCGUUUCAUCAAAUAAUAGCAAUAUUCUGGCAGCAAUAACAGCCGUUCCCAAGCAAAACCAACACCUCAGCUAGAUGGA